CUGACCCUAAAUUGACAGACCCACGACUUCAUCGCUCCUGCAGAGUUCUUGCCUAUCAUCCAACGAUCUUGGGCAGGGGACCUAUCCGUACUAUGCCUUUGAUGCUCUGGUCAAUGACUAUGUCUACGAUUCCAACGCUUGGUCUGUUCACGCGACGAGCCCCGACGUCUACCUCCAGUCACUCUAUCUCAGCGAUGGCUCUUUCAUGUUUGGCGAGACGACCUACUCGGUGGCUACCCGAGCGUCG